CGGCGAGAAAUAUAUUCAUGGAGGUUUAUAGAAUACAAAGUAUAUGUAUUGCAUAAAAUGGCAGUAUCGAGACGAGAAUGCCCUCUGAGUCGCGUCGCAUGCAAACAUGAUAUCAGCCAACAAGCGGCUCCCGGCGCAACGGCUACACAGUUGGCGCACAGCGUGCAUAAAGCGAACCUGCGAGGGCUUUGUGUGGGUCCCGGAGCACGAGAGAGUGGGCCAUAUACAGCUACUAAGAAUGGCGUUAGUAUGCGAGUGAAACCAUAGGGUAGAAGUACAAUACAAAUAGAUUUAGCUUGCUGAGUGAGCGAGGAUGUCUUACAAAGGCCUAUGCAUGUCAGUUAUAAGCAAUCGAGCGCAUAUAUGCAUGUCACGUACCAUAUGCGAA